AUGCCAUUAGAAUCGAUUACAGAUCCUACUAUAACAAUAAAACCGUCUAUAAGAUUGAUAGAUUUUAUCUUGAAUAAUGCAAAAGAUAUAAAUGAUGCUCCAAGUGGUAUCACAUUUUUAUGCAAAUCUAAGAAAUCUAAGAAAGAAAAAAUUGCAAACGCUAUGUUAAAAAUUGAAGAUCUUAGCUGGUUGAAUAAAUAUUUAAAAAAAUAUAGAAAAACCGCGACAAAAAUGAUUUAUUUGUAUGAACUUUUCGAUGAGUCUGAUGUGAUAUUGCCGACGCCAAAGGAGACACCAAGAAAUCCAGAGUUGGAGGCUAGAAUACAAAAAUUAAAAGCGCAACAAGACACUAGGGAAUAUCAAAAAAUGACGAAGAGCAUCGAUUCCAUGCGGAAAUUCUUACCGGAAGAUAGCAUUGCAUAUCAAAUGAAGCAGAUAAAUAAACAAUUGAUUGCCGUUGCGCAAUUUAUAUUUUCUGUGAUAGCUGGCUUUGCUUUUGGAUUCAUCGGGGUAGAGCUUAUAGUUGGAAACCUCGACUUUGGAUUUAGAUUACUCUUAGGUAUAAUUUGUGCAUUGAUCGUAGCAUUAGCCGAGAUUUAUUUUUUAGCUUUGAAAUUAAGCGAGAACGAUUUUGAUACAUCUAAACCGAUAAAGUCGCAUCAGGACUAGUAUUUAAAUUGCAUCUAUUUAAUUAUUUUGAACAUAUGUAUUAUAGUAUUAUAACAAAUAUAAAGAUAUAUAUAUAUAUAGUCAUUUAAUAAUUAUACACAUAAGCUAACAUAUAUAUUAGCUUUAUUAACUUUAUAUUGUGUGAAAAUUUUAAAAAUAUGUUACAUCUACAUCAAUUGUUAUAUAUGAUACAAAAAUUAUUAAAGGCUCCAAAUAAA